CCCAGUUGCCUCCAUCCAGUCUCCGUCAACAUAGCCAGCAUCAACGAGCCUGCUACAACCACGGCAUCAUCUGCCACCCACCAAGCUCAAGAUGAAGCCAGAGCAAGCUCGCCGAUACCCGAUAUCGCUCAGCUCUCACUCGAACCCAACCCAGACAUCUUCACCAUCAUCUGCUGCAACGACAGCUUCCAGCUCUCCCUCGAUCACAGCACCAUCAAGACCCUGCUUCGAGUAUGCAUGCGUGCCCGUCCUAUCCUGAGCUCCAAGGUGCCUCGCUUCCACAGCUGGUGCCAGAAUGCAGGGCUGAGCAAUCCAGACGGACAGUUGCGGAUCGGCCUCACGCCGAGCGACACGAUUGCCCUCUCCAUAUACUGCGAGGAUCCAGUCAAAACUGGCCGAUCCUGGCUUAAAUAUCUAGUCGAUAACGGCAAUGUUGCCGCAUCAUACUUCCUGGCAAGAAUCCUCCAACUCGAUCUCGACAAGCAGCAGUCUGCGGAUGAAUCUGACCGGCUAACCCCCCGUAAUCAUAUCUUUCGCUAUCUUGAGAAGGCAGCGCAAGCUGAUCAUUCAAUGGCACUGUUCCACCUGGCAGGAUGUUAUGACGAUGGCAUCGGUACCAACCAAGACCACACCAAGGCUGUCGAGCUGUAUCGCAGGCUUGCAGAUCGUGGAAUCCCUCAGGCCCAAAUCGCACUUGGUCGAUACUAUGCAGAUGGCGAAGGUAUCGAUCAAGACUUCAACACAGCCAUCGAGUGGUAUUUCAAGGCCGCAGAUCAAGGCAGCGAAGACGGCCGACUCUACAUCGUAGAGUGUUACUAUUAUGGUCAAGGAAUAUCGGAGAACAACGAGAAGGCAUUCGACUUGUACAGCAAGUCGGCCAACCAAGAUAACUCGUACGGGCGGUGGAUGGUUGGUGAAUGCUACUACGAUGGACACGGAGUCGCCGAGGACUUCGCCAAGGCAGCCGAGUGGCUCCGCAAGUCAGCCGAGCAGGGCAAUCGAUAUGGCCAAUUCUGGCUCGGUGAUUGUUACCAUGAUGGCAGGGGUGUUCCCUGGGACGUUGACACCGCUCUCUUCUGGUACCGCAAGUCCGCUGAUCAGGGUUUCGAUUGGGCCAUCGACAAACUCAAGUCUCUGGGGGGAUGGCCUUGA